AUGUUGUUCUCUUGGGCAGUAACGCUUCUCCAUGCUCCCCUCACGAUAAAAGCUUUUGACCUUUCAAGUAUCUCGCAUAUCACUUCAGGAUCAUCUGACAUCAUCCCUGGGAGGUAUAUCGUCGAGUUUGACUCUGCAUCAAAUCUUCAGUCCAGCAUCGGCAAGCGGGUCGUGACUGCGCGAGAAGAUUUAUAUCAACAGCUGGAUACAGGAGGCGUGUCAUACUCUAUCAAGCAAGAGUACAACUCAGACUUGUUCUUUGGUGCCUCUGUGCAGCUUUCUUCUGCUCAGGACCUUGAAGUUCUGGCCAGCUCACAAGGAGUGAUCAACAUCUUGCCCGUUCACAGAGUUCAAUUGCCUUCUGUUCAUGGAUCCACAUUGAAUGCACAGUCGUUCUUCCGAGGUUCUGGAUCAUCCUCAAUUAUCUCCAGUCCCAGCUCUUCCACAUCUUCUGCCUCUCCAACAUCCCAGACUGCACCAUAUGGUGUUUUAGGACAGCUUCAGGCGGACCGUGUACAGGCUUCUGGGAACAAGGGGAAAGGUAUCAAGAUCGGUGUCAUCGAUUCUGGGGUUGACUACACUAGAACCCCCCUCGGAGGUUGUUAUGGCCCAAAUUGUAAGAUUGCAGGAGGGUACGAUUUCGUCGGUGAUUCUUUCGACGGGUCCAAUGAUCCUCAACCCGAUAACGAUCCUUUCGAUUCAUGUUACGGUCAUGGAACCUUCGUUUGCGGUCUGAUAGGUGCCAAUCCCAAUGAAUAUGGCGUCACGGGUGCGGCACCCGAAGCGAGCAUCUACAUGUACCGCACGUUCAGCUGUUCAGGUGCUUCUACAGACGAUCUCAUUGCCACGGCCAUGCAAAAAGCAUACGAAGAUGGGAUGGACGUUGUCAACCUUUCCCUCGGUGAACCAUCAGCUUGGACCGAAGGUAUGUUAUCCGUCAUGGCUAGUCGGUUAGUCAACAUGGGUAUCACCGUCGUCGCUUCGGCUGGUAAUGCAGGUCAAGUAGGCGCUUUCUACCCUCAAGCUCCUGCCGCUGGUCGAGGUGUCAUAUCUGUUGGUUCCUUUGAUUCUUCUUUCUUCCCCGCUCAACAAGCUUUCGUCAGCACGGGAUACGGCCCUAUAACUUACUACGAUUACAACCCUUUCACUCCUGGAACUUAUUCCCUCUACGCUUUCUCUACCGAUCCCAAUGUUGCCACGGAUGGAUGUGCUAUUCCCGACGGUACACCUGAUUUGAGUGGAAAAUUAGUACUCAUCCGUCGUGGAGGAUGUGCCUUGUUGACCAAAGCUCAAAAUGCUUAUUAUCAAGGAGCUUCUGGUAUUUUCUUGGUCAACACUCCUGAUACUGUACCAGAAUACGAAAAUUAUCCUAUCAAUUUCGCUUUUGUAUCAUAUGAAGAUGGUAACUACCUAAUCGAUCAAUUCGCAUCGAAUUCCAACACUACCGUGACUUUCAAAUACGCACCAAUCGCCGCUCCUAAUACUUUGACGGCAAACACUACCAGUCUUUUCUCUCAAAUUGGACCAUCGAACGAUUUAUACAUUACCACUCAAGUCUCUACCGUUGGAUCAGAUUUAGUUGGAUUGAUACCUACCGCCUUGGGUAAUUGGUCAGUAGAAGAAGGAACUUCUUUCGCUGCUCCUCUCGUAGCUGGUUCCAUAGCUUUACUUUUGAAUUCUCAAGGAAAUUCCAAUCUCUCACCUCAAAACGUGAGGGAAAUGUUGGAAUUUACUUCUCAACCAGUGAUCACUUCUUUAUCCGAUCAAACUCUCGAAACCGUCGCUUCACAAGGUUCUGGAAAAGUAGGGAUAUAUGACGCUAUCAACUCUCAAAUUUACGUAUCUCCAUCAGAAUUAUAUCUCAACGACACAGCAUAUAUCAAUUCUUUACAAUAUUUGACCGUCACGAAUAAAGGGAAAUCAUUCACUACCUACAAAAUCUCUCACGCACCAGCAGGUACAGCAUUAACAUACCAAUCUGGUCUUGAUCAAUCUGCAGAUGAACCUGUACCACAAUCUUCUUCCAGUGCCACCGUACAUUUCUCUCAAACUUCCAUCUCUUUAUUUCCAGGUCAAACAACUAUCAUAAUCCUCUCUUUCUCCCCUCCUUCAGGAUUAGACUCAAAACAAUUCCCAGUUUAUUCAGGAUAUAUCAAGAUUUCAGGUGGUUCGACAAUUGCCUCUAUACCAUAUUUAGGUUUAGCGGCGAAAAUGAAGAAUAUGCCAGUUUUAGAUCCUACCGCAUAUUAUUUAGGAAUUGAUACUCCGGUCAUUAUGACCCCCUCGAACGAUGUUCAAUCAGGUCCUCAAACGUAUACUUUCCAAGGUGACGAUUAUCCAACUAUUUUAUAUAGGUUAGUAGGUGGGACACCUGCAUUAUACAUCGAUCUGGUAGGAGUGAAUUCUUCUUUGGGUUUUACUCCGAGAUACAAUACCAAACGGAGGAGAGGAAACGAGAAAAGGGCUAGUGGUUUAGCAGCAGAAAUCCUAAAAUUGUAUUGCGAGUUGACAAAUUACAAAGCACCAGGAUGUACAUCAAAGGGAAGUGGGACAUAUGAUAAAGUUCCAAUCAUCGGGAAUAUAUAUCAAGCUUUGUAUAUUCCUAGAAACACGGACAACGCAGAUGGAUCAGGAAACGAUUACGGAACAGUUGCUUUGAACCCUCCGGUAUUCUUGAAUGGAACUACCAUACCUAAUGGGACGUACAGAUUUCUGAUGCGUGCUUUACAUGUGACGGGGGAUCCGGAGACUGAAGAGGAUUAUGAAAGUUGGUUAAGUCAACCUUUCACUGUGGCGCAGUAG